AUGGGUACCGAAGAGGAAGUUGUAUCUGUUGAGCUUCCAGCACCUUCUUCAUGGAAGAAAUUGUUUUUUCCCAACAAAGUUGGAUCAGUAAAGAAAACGGAGAUUGUGUUUGUUGCUCCAACCGGUGAGGAGAUAAGUAACAGAAAGCAGCUGGAGCAGUAUCUCAAAUCGCAUCCUGGAAACCCGGCGAUCGCAGAGUUUGAUUGGACCACUAGUGGGACGCCUAGGAGAUCUGCAAGAAUCAGUGAGAAGACUAAGUCGACGCCGUCACCAGAUAAAGAACCGCCUAAGAAGCGAGGUCGAACUAAAUCUUCUGGGUCAAAGAAAGAUACAGAAGGUGAGAAAUCAGAGGUAGUAGGAGAUGAAAACUCUCAUGUGCAAGACACUGAAAUGGUUCUGAAUGAGGGAAACGGUGGGAAUGAGAAUGUAACUGGUAAGGAUGGGUCUGGUGAAACCGAGAAGGCGAAUGAUGCGAAACACGACUUGGUUGCAGAGGAAACUCCAAAUGCAGCUCCAGUUCAAGAAGCUGGUGAGUUAAUGAAGGAGAAGGCAGAUCUAGUUGAGGAUAGUAUUAAGGAGAGAGUGGAGUCUCAGACUGGAAAAGAAGAAGAGACUGGUUCAACCGAAAAGAAACCGGUUGAUGAUAAAACUGUUGAAGCUACCGGUGAUGAGGAAAAGAAGGAAACUGCAGGCCAAGGAGCACCCGAGUCUGAAGCCGAGACAGUAAACCAUGAGGGAAAUGGUCUGAAAACAGAAGCCGAGGGGAAAGAGAAAACAGCAGAAGCAGAUCAUGCUACUGAAAAGCCUUGCACUGCUUCUGCUAGCUCAUGA